AUUCUGAAAAUAAUGGACCGGAAGUCGUACUGGGCUUGUGCAAUUAGCUAAGAUCGGAUGCGCCGCAGCCUCCGGGGAGUCGUCCACCAUGGCUGAGACCCACAGCUUACAGGACCUCCAGCAGCCAGCUGUCUCCUCCAAGGUGUUUGUCCAGAGAGACUACAGCUCAGGAACCAUCUCCAAGUUUCAGACCAAGUUCCCCCCUGAACUUGAGUCAAGGCUUGAUAAGCAGCAGUUUGAGGAAACCAUCCAGACUCUGAACAACCUGUAUGCAGAGGCAGAGAAACUAGGAGGGAAGUCUUAUUUGGAGGGCUGCCUGGCGUGUCUAACUGCCUAUACAAUAUUCCUCUGUAUGGAGACGCACUAUGAAAAGGUGUUAAAGAAGAUUGCGAGGUACAUUAAGGACCAGAAUGAGAAGAUAUAUGCUCCCAGGGGGUUGCUGUUGACUGACCCCAUAGAGAGAGGCCUCAGAGUUGUUGAAAUUACCAUCUUUGAAGACAGAAGUAUUGGAUCUGGAAGAUAAAGAACCUUGGGGCCGAUGGCUCUGACCAGAUACUCUCCAUCUGUCUGGCAGCACAUAUAAACAGGUUUGCUACACCUGAAUGGAUGUAUAUAAUUUUGAUCUGAUCGGUUUCUCUGUUAUUUAUAAGUAUUCUACUGUCUGCCUAUGUCUGUAUGUUUGUAAACGUGUUUUCAUGGUUUUUUUUAUACAUACGAUGAUGUACAAAUCACAUCCUAGUUGAUCCAGACCAGUCUUUAUGAAGAGUGCCAUUGUGUUAUAUGCAACUUUUUGAUCAUGGUAAAAAUAAGUGAUUUGACUUGUGUGUUUUUGCAAAUGAUAUAAAGUCAAAAAUGUCUAAUCACUGAGAACUAUUAUAGGAAAUAGGUAGGGAUGAAGUUAUUGGCACAGUCUGUAAACAGUAAUCUGGUAUGGGCAGUGCUCCAGAGUAUUGACAUGGUGGUUAUAGCCUUUGUUGAGGCAAUUGUUUUCUUAUCUGUGCAUGACUCUGACUUUUUGUGGAGGGGUUCAUUUCAUGUGAAACAUGCACAUUGGAAGUUCUGCACUGUAUUUUUUUCUGUGACUGAAGAUGGAGCAUGUUUACUGUUAAUUAAUCCAUCACAAAGUAACAGCCUGACCCAGUAGAUUUUGAGAAAUGUCCAUCUCUGUCUCUUUCCUAAUCAUGCUCCAUCACAUGUUUCUCAUAAGAUCCACACAACAACAAUGUGAUUGUGUGAAUGUUAGCUCCUUUUUCAGCAUCACCAAACACCACAGAAACCUUAAACACCCUCAACUCCACAGAUGAUUGCUAUUGUUGGUGUUUGAUACAACUGUUGUACUUUUCUUACAAAUAUUGUUCUGUUUUAUCUCAAUAAAUGUCAUUUUCCUGAAAUAUG